AUGAGCCCGAAUAAAGCGCCCGAGUGGACAAGCAUGAAACGGCUAAACCUCCACCUCAUUGCCUUCUUGCUCGGCUAUUUCAUGGAUGACGGCCUCAGUGGCCAGGCAAUCUGCAAGCGAGCGGCCCCCCGCGAGUGGCGCGCUCGGCCUCAGAGCAGCACUGUGAAAUGGACACUCAUGGAAAACACCUGCACCGGCUUGACCCAGUGCCACGGCGAGCAAAUUGAAGGGGACGAGGAGGGGGCGCGCUCGCAGACACCCAACGCCUCGCUGUCCGGCCUCUCGCAGCUCUGCCCGCUGGAACUGCAGCUGGGGGACGCGCUGUACGCGGUCGCCGAUCCUACGCUGGAGGAAUACGGCCUCAACCUGGUGAACGUGUCGAAGGAGAGCUUUGACGACUGCUCCGUCGCGCAGCCUCGCCCGUCCCAGCGUCUGUUUUCGGGCGACAUGAACGGGACAACAAAGGUCGAGCCAAAAUGGCUGACCUCGGGCGUGCACUACUUUGUGGCUUCCCACGAUGGGAGCUCCCGGUUAUGUAAACUUGGCCUGCGGCUCAGAGUGUGGGUGAAGGAGCAGAACUGCCAGCCCUCGCCUCUUGUGCGCUUGUGCUCGGGGAACGGGCUUUGCAGGACGGACGCGUGGAGCCCCGCGUACACCUGCGAAUGCCAAGAGCAUUACUUGGGACGAUUCUGUGGGAGAUAUGACGUAUGCUCGGCGAACCCCUGCCUUAACGGUGCCACGUGUGUGAGUCGGGGCUCCAGCGACCCAAACGUUCACACCUAUGAAUGCAAUUGCUCGCCCGGGUUCACAGGGAUUAACUGCUCUGACAUCAUCGGAAAUGAAAAUUGCAACAAACAAUGUCUAAACGGACAGUGUGUACAAGUGACAACAGCUUCCUUCAGAUGUGACUGUCUUUCAGGGUAUACAGGUUCUCUUUGUGACAUGAGGAAGACGCCAUGUUUGUCUAACCCGUGCAAAAAUGGCGGGAAGUGCGUCGAGACCGCUGAAGGAUAUGCCUGCUCCUGCCCAGAAGGCUUCGCUGUGCCACAGUGCAGGAGGGUGCGACAGCCGUGCGCUUCCUCUCCCUGUCUCAACAACGGCAGCUGUGUAUCCCUGGGUGGCGAUUACACCUGCAGAUGCGGCCGAGGGUUUACCGGGAAGAACUGUGAGGAAAUAAUUGACUACUGCAGGCUGCACAGUAUUAACUGUCUGAAUGAGGGAUUGUGCCUCAACCUAAUUGGCGGGUAUAAUUGCCUCUGUGCGCCCGGGUGGACCGGAGAGUUUUGCCAGCACGUGGAGAACGCCUGCCUGAUCUACCCCGAGGGCUGCAGGAACGGCGCCACAUGCAUAAGCAUAAGCCAGCCGACGGCCCCUCCCCGCUACACCUGCAAGUGCCCUCCCGGAUACGCAGGACGCCACUGUGAAGCCGAGGUGGACGAGUGUGAUUCCAACCCUUGCCGGCAAAAUGGCACCUGCUCCGACUUGGUGGGGUCUUACCAGUGCACCUGUCCCCCAGGAUUUUUCGGAACGAAUUGCGAGAUGGAUGUAGAUGCCUGCGCUCUCCCAAACGCCACGUGUCCCUCGAAGACGGUGUGUUUGGAUUUACCUGACGGCUUCAGGUACACGUGUCGCACGCCGUGUCCCCAACACAUACAGCCCUGUGCCAAUGGAGGCCGGUGUAUUCUGAACAAUGCUACAAGCUACAGCUGUGUUUGUCCUCCGGGAUGGACAGGCCACAACUGCCUCAUCGACAUCAACGACUGCAACCAGCACUGGUGUCAGAAUGGAGCCACAUGUGUUGACAAGGUCAAUGGCUACAGUUGCCGUUGUCCCCCUGGAUUCACGGGCCCCUACUGCGAAGUGGACGUUGACUAUUGUGUCGGGCAUCAGUGUUCGGAGCAUGGCACCUGUCUGGACCAAGAGCAGAACUACACCUGCCGAUGCCAGCCGGGGUAUGAGGGCGCGCGCUGUGAGAUGCGGGUGAACCAGUGCAGAAGCUCCCCCUGCAUCAACGGAGCCUCCUGCAUUGAAACGGCGCACGGGUACCAGUGCCUGUGUGCUCCGGGUUUUGAAGGAAAGACCUGCUCGGAGAAUGUGAAUGACUGCUGGUCUAGGCCCUGCUUGAAUGGCGGCUCUUGCAAGGACCUCACGAAUGGCUACGUCUGUUUUUGUACUUUCGGGUUCCAGGGGAAAGACUGCUCCGUGGACGUAGACCUCUGCAGUCUAGACUUGUGCCAGGAACACACACUGAAAUGCAUCGAGACUAAGGAUGGAAAUAAUGUCACUUGUGUCUGUGAGAAAGGCUUUGGCGGCCCGUUCUGCGAGGUGAAUCAAAACGAUUGCGGAUCGAUGCCGUGCCAAAACGGCGCUGUGUGCGUGGACGGCGUCGACACGUAUCUGUGUUUCUGCCCCGAGGGUAAGUCAGCCGCCCAGUUCCACACCCCUCCCUGCCAGACCGUCCCAACACGUUUUAAGGGUGACUCCUGUGAAAUUAACUAUAAUGAAUGCGACUAUGGAUUUUGCACCAACAAUUCCACCUGCGUUGACCUGCCUGGAGAUUAUACCUGCAUUUGCCCACAGGGAUUUACAGGUAAAAACUGCUCCGUGCCGAUUCCUAAUUGCGAGAGGGUGUGUCCGAACAACGCCACCUGCAGUGCCACUCAAGGCUUGGGAGGCCAGGGCUGCUCGGGGCCGGCGGGGGAGUGCGUGUCCAAUCCGUGCCGGGCCGCGGGGACCAGCGUCUGCGUGGAGCAGGUGAGCGGCUUCAAGUGCGUCUGUCGCCACGGCUACACGGGGAGGCUGUGCGAGACGCCCAUAAGCCACUGCGUCUACGGGCUGUGUCAACACGGAUCAAAGUGUGUGGAUCUUCGCGGAGGCUUCACAUGCCAGUGUCUCCCCGGGCUGACCGGGAGAUUCUGUGAAGUAAACGUCGAUGAUUGCGCCGACGAUCCAUGCGGCGUCCUCAGCUUCUGCAAGGAUGCUCUCAACGGCUACAAUUGUUUCUGUGCGCCCGGGUUUAUAGGCAAUAACUGCGAGAUUGAGGUGAACGAGUGCCUGAGCCAGCCCUGUCUGAACGGAGGCACCUGCUCGGACGAGCUCAACGGCUUCAGCUGCCGCUGCCCGCACGGAGUCACAGGUGACCUGUGUGAAAUUAGCGUCGAUGUGUGUCAACCAUCACCAUGCCAACACAACGGGACCUGCAUUGACCUUGCAUUCGGCUAUAAGUGCCUCUGCCUCCCGGGCUUCACAGGCUCAGAGUGCGAGCUGGACAUUGACGAGUGUGCCUCGUCCCCGUGCAAGAACGGAGCCACUUGCAUUGACCAGCCCGGUAAUUACUCCUGCCAAUGUGUGGCUCCAUUUAAAGGGCUGAAUUGCGAGUUCUUGCCGUGCGAGGCCAGCAACCCGUGUGAGAACGGUGCGGAGUGUGUGGCGGCGCCCCAGGACCGCGAGCGCUUCCCCCUGGGCUUCCAGUGCCUGUGCCAGCCGGGCUUCGCCGGGCCGCGCUGCGAGAGCAACGUGGACGAGUGCGCCUCCGGACCCUGCAUCCACGGCUUCUGCUACGACGUGGUGGACGGAUUCUACUGCCUCUGCAACCCAGGGUACGCGGGAGUCAGGUGUGAACAGGACAUCGACGACUGCGUCAGCAACAUGUGUGUGAAUAACUCAACGUGCGUGGACCUUCACAUGGGCUACCAGUGCCACUGCCCCCCAGGUUGGGAGGGGGAGUUCUGCCAGGAGGAGGUGAACGAGUGUGCGUCACAGCCAUGCAAGAACAACGGCACCUGCACAGACCUCCUAAACGGCUACAGGUGCACAUGUGCCCGAGGCUGGACCGGGUCAGACUGCAGCGACGACAUAAAUGAGUGCGACUCGGCUCCCUGCCUGAACGGGGCGCGCUGCGUCCAGUCCGAGCUCCCCGGAGAAUUCUCCUGCACCUGCCCCCCGUUCUUCAGCGGCCCGCUCUGCAGGACGCCCUUUGACCCCUGCGACCCCCAGCACGACCCCUGCCGGCACAACGCCACCUGCCGCCCUCGACCGGACGGAGCGGCCUCCUGCGACUGCCUGGCUGGAUUUGAGGGAACCCACUGUGAAAUUGACACCAACGAGUGUGGCUCAAGUCCGUGCCAAAACCAGGGCUAUUGUGUGGACGGGAUCAACGGUUACACUUGUGACUGCAAACCAGGGUUUUCCGGCAGGCUCUGUGAAGAAGACAUCAAUGAGUGUGCCUCCAGUCCUUGCCAAAAUGGAGGCAUUUGCCAAGAGCUUGUGAACAGCUUCCGCUGUAACUGUCCGCCGGGCUACUUCGGGGCCCUCUGCAGCCUUGACGUGAACGAGUGCGAGGCCUCCCCCUGUCUGCACGAUGGUGUCUGUAUCAACAGGCCCGGGGGCUUCACAUGCAUCUGUCUUCCCGGCUUCUCAGGAACAUGGUGUGAGCUAAACGUUAACGAGUGCGACUCAGACCCAUGCCAAAACAAUGGACGCUGUGUGGACGGCCCCAGUGGCUAUCAAUGUUUCUGUCCAAAGGGAUUCAGUGGCUCAGACUGUGAAACCAACAUUGAUGAAUGCGCGUCAAGCCCUUGUCUUCAUGGCAGCUGUGUCGAUGGCACCGGCGCCUUUCACUGUCAGUGUGAGCUGGGAUGGACAGGCUACACGUGCGAAACCAACAUUGACGAAUGUACCUCCAGGCCGUGUCUGAAUGGAGGAUCUUGUGUGGACCUCACUGAUAAAUAUGCCUGCUUUUGUCUGGAUGGAUAUGCUGGAAAGAACUGUGAAGUGGACAUCAGCAUAUGUCUUCAAAACAUGUCUUUAUGUUUCAAUGGAGGGACUUGUUUGGAUGGGCCUGGUGCUAAUUUCACCUGCAGCUGCCCACCAGGCUUCGUUGGGGAUUUCUGUGAGGUGGAUUUCAAUGAAUGCUGCUCAGAACCCUGUCAGAAUGGGGCUGUCUGCCAGGACCUCACCAACAGAUACUACUGUCACUGCAGACCAGGUUGGACAGGCCCUCACUGCGAGGAUGACAUUAAUGAGUGCCUGCCGCAGCCAUGCAACCAAGGGAUGUGCAUCCAGAACGAUCCAGGCCACGGCUACACCUGUUUCUGUCGUCCCGGAUUUGUGGGGAGCCACUGCGAACACAAUUACGAUGAUUGUCUGCUACGCCCGUGCCCCUCCGGCUUCGCCUGCGUGGACGGCAUCAACCGGGCCAGCUGCGUGCCUGCCGAGCUCGGCGUCUCCUCCGUGCCAGCGUUGGCGGCGACGGCGAUGCCCCCCUCCUGGGGCCUCGGCGACGGUGACGGCACCGGCACCGGCACCACCACCGCCACAGCCACCCUCUACCCGCUGCUGCCGCCACCGGCCACCGGCCUGCCAGUUCCUGUGCUGCAGAACACUGAGCCAGCAGACAUCAGCUACGUGCGGUACGCGGGCGACUCUUAUCUGGAGUUCCAGGGAGUUGACCUGGGCACCAUGAGCACCAUUACCCUGCGCUUCCAGACGCUGGCGGCCAACGGCACCCUGCUCUACUCAGACCAAGGGCGUGACGCCAGCGCCUUCUUCUUCAUAAAGCUCUUCGUUCAGCAAGGCACACUUCAGUACGAUUUCUCAUGCAACCGCGAGGAGGGCGUCCGGCGGAUCAAUACCAGCAUACAUGUAGCAGAUGGGGCCGAGUAUCUGGUACAUGUCAGGCAGUACCUUGCUCCCUGCGAGGCUGAAGUUGCGGUGUCUGGCUACGACAGAGUCCGAAGUAUCCCUAGCAACUACUGGUCAGGCCUGACCAUUCAGAGAACAAGCCGUCUGCUUUUGGGUGGUCUACCACUCAGCUACUCUCCUUAUAAGGGUGCACAGCCUUUCUACAACUAUUCUGGCUGUCUGGAGGUGAUCGAGAUGAACAAGCUCAGAGGGUUUUACGUAUCCAGUGCCAUAUCAGGAAGCAAUGUCAAGAACUGCAGACCUGGAUGGAGUAAUGGCCCUCAUGAUGCCCCUACGGCGUCUCCUAUGGAAAUAACCACGACAGCGCUAAGUAGUGCCCCCAACCGCACCGCCACGUCUCCACCUCCACCUCCACCCCCGCCUCCAGUCUACCCGGCGGUGGCCUGCUAUGAGGGAUUGUGCCGGAACGGCGGGACAUGUCAACAGCUCCAGCAACCCACCGGGGCCUGGGCCUUCCGCUGCGAUUGCCCUCUUCACUUCUCUGGAAGGUUCUGUGAAAAAGACACGACGGUGUAUUUCCCAUUUUUCAAUGGCACCUCUUACCUGGAGCUCCAAUCGCUCACAUCUCUGCUGCAGUCGGACGUCCCGGGAGCGAUCUCCUCAGCGCCCAGCAGAGAGAGCCCUGUUACUCUCUACCUGACUGUGAAGACGCGGGCGAGCGAUGCCAUAAUCCUUUACGCUCGGGAGCAGAAUUUCGGAGACCGGUUCCUCCACGUGUUCCUGCAGGAUGGGAGGCCCGGCGCCAGAUUGGGCUGCGGUGGCGUUCGUCCUCUGAGUGCCUUCGCCGCGCGCAACAUCAGCAAUGACAAACUGACAGCCAUCACAGUGCGAUAUCGGCUGCCUGUCACAGGAGGUGUGGGCUUGUGUAUGAUUGAAGUAGCCGUAGAUAAUGGGACGUCGAGCCAGCAGAGAGAGUACAUCGCCCAUCCAGUGUCGGAGGUGGCCCUGGGGCCGACGUUUCUGGGCGGCGUGCCGUCGCUGUCGGAGCUGCACGUGGAGGCCGGCCGGCCGCCCGGCUUGGUAGGCUGCGUGCGCGAGCUGCAGGUCAACGCCAGGGAGCUGGACGUGGCCGGGGAGGCGCUGCGCGGCCGCAACAUCCUCAACUGCCACGCCUCCGUCUGCCAACACCAGCCCUGCCGCAACGGAGGCACCUGCGUCAGCGACGUGGAGGACUGGGCCUGCCUGUGCCCGCCGCUCUUCUCGGGCAAGCUGUGCCAGUUCACGGCCUGCACCCAGAGCCCGUGCACCCACGGCGGCACCUGCGUGCCCCAGUCGCGGACCGAGGCCGUGUGCGUGUGCCCGUACGGCCGGCGCGGGCUCCUGUGUGAGGACGCCAUCAACAUCACCCGGCCCCGGUUCAGUGGGCUAGAUGAGUUUGGAUACACCUCCUUCAUGGCGUACUCCCCUAUCCCCAGCGGUAACUUCUUCUACGAGUUCCAGCUCAAGCUCACUCUCGCCAACAACAUUUCGGCGAUGAAGAACAACCUGAUCCUCUACUCCGGGCAGAAGGGACAAGGUAUAAACGGAGAUGACUUUGUGGUGCUGGGCGUGCGGAGUGGACGUGUCGUGCACAAGUUCAACCUGGGCUCAGGUGUGGGGACGGUCGUCAGUGACCGGCUCAAUCCCCGGAUCACCAUCCACACCGUGCGCUUUGGGAGAUACCUGCGCACCGGCUGGCUCAAGGUUGACGGCCAAAAAAACAAGACAACAUCCUCUCCGGGGCAACUGGCUGGCUUGAACACCUUCAGUCAAUUCUACGUUGGAGGAUACAACGAGUACACUCCAGAACUGCUGCCAGUCGGGGCGAGGUUCCAGAACGGCUUCCAAGGUUGCAUAUUUGAUUUGCAAUUUCGGACCAGAGGAGACGGCCGGUUCCGAGCUCCAGGCCAGCCGGAGGGCCACCCCAUCAGCGGGCGCAGCGUGGGCCAGUGUGGGGUCAACCCCUGCUCCCUGGUGCGCUGCCAGAACGGAGGAGUGUGUGUGGACGCAGGCUCCACUGUCUACUGCCAGUGUGUGUUUGGAUGGAAAGGAGCGCUGUGUUCUGAGAAGGUGUCCGUGUGCGACGCGGAACACAGCCCCCCGCCGAUGUGUGCGAAGGGUUCCACCUGCGUCCCGCUCCCCAAAGGCUACACCUGUCUGUGUCCGCUGGGCACGGGCGGACAGCACUGCCAGCAAGCCUUGGCUAUCAGUGAUCCUUACUUCAGUGGAAACCUCUCCUCCUGGAUGUCAUUCGCCCCUGUCAGUGUAAGACACAAGACACAUCUGCAGAUGCAGUUCCAGACUCUGUCACCGGAGGGCAUUAUGUUCUACAUGGCACAACACCUUACAGCGAGAGCAGGGGAUUUUAUUAGUGUGUCUCUGACCGAUGGAUUUGUUCAGCUGCGCUACAACCUCGGAGACGGAACCAUCGUGCUGCAGUCCAAAAACAAGGUAGACCCCACUGGCCGGGUCUGGCACAACCUGCAGACAGGGAGGCAAGGCGAUCACAGCUACCUCAUCCUGGACGGAGAAGUGGUCACCCAGAACGCUACCGAGGUCAUGACGACCCUUGAUGUAGCGACGGACAUCUUCAUCGGAGGGGUGUCCUCCCUGAGCGCAGUCGCAACCAACGCGGUGGAAAACGAGCCUACGACCUUCACCGGCUGCAUCAGAGAGGUCGUCGUCAACGGUGUUGACCUUGACCUCACUGAAAAGGGGGCGACUAAUGGCGCCAACGUCGGGGACUGGGAUGGCACGGCCUGUGGGUAUAAAGUGUGCCAAAACAGUGGGCUCUGCCGGGCCGUUGGCCUGGCCUCAUUCACCUGUUCUUGCCCACCUAUCUGGACGGGGCCCAGAUGUGACGAGUCCGUUUACUGUGUGGGCAACCUCUGUCGGCAUGGUUCGCUCUGCGUCGCCAACGUGACGGCCUCCACCCACUCCUGCAUGUGUUCGCUCGGAUGGAACGGCCCGUACUGCGACGAGCCGGUGUCCAUGAACGCCGUCAAGUUUGUGGGUGAUUCAUAUUUGAAAUACAAAGACCCCCAGUACUACCAAAGGAAUCUGAGAUACACCCAAAUUUCUCUCAAUUUCACUACAAGCCGGGAGGACGGACUGAUCGUUUGGAUGGGCAGAGCGCAGACAGAGGAUGAUGACUUCCUGGCAGUCGGACUGCGAGAUGGCCACCUCCAGAUUGCCAUAAACCUCGGAGAGAGGAUUCCUGUCCCUCUUGUGUACCCUAAUGUCACGUUGUGCUGUGACAAAUGGAAUUUUAUAACAGUAGUUCACAACAGAACUGUAAUCCAGGUGUUCUUGGAUGAAGAGAGAGUAAUUUUUGAGGAUGUCGAUCCCUUUGAGCGAUAUGUUGCCAUAAAUUAUGAUGGUGUUUAUUAUUUCGGAGGCUUUGAGUUAAAUAGAAAUGUAUCAGCUAUAACAUCUGGUCUCUUUUCUACAGGUUUUGAGGGUAGCAUUAAAGAUGUUAUUUUAUUCCAAGACACCAGAAAGCUGCAGUUUCUCCAAAGCUAUGAGGGCUUUAAUGUUUACAAAGGUGACGAGUAGCAGAUAUUUUUUAACAAAUGUGACUUAGAUAUUUUGGUUUGACAUGAAUGUAUUUUCCUGAGGCUUAAAGCUUACAGUAAUAUUUCAAGCUAAGAAUGGGCCAUUCAGGAUGUUUGGCAUUUGUUUCUCAAGCAGCUAUACAUCCAACUGUUAAAUGAUGUUGCCUAUGACCAGUGAACACUUGUAGGUGUGUAGAGGUUUUCACAAAAUAUGAGGAAUUUUAGUCAUGAGGUGCUACAAAGUUGAUAACUUCGCCAUAUCUCCUUCUCCCCAAAUAUUUUUGUCUUACUUUGGUGCUGUCACUUCCUGUUCAUUUCCGCAUACCUGUUCAGCUCUCCUUGCUUUCUUCUUGUUUUGUCAAAAGUGUCUGUCCAAAGGUUCCAGAGGUACAUCAUACAUGGGAAUAGUAUUAAAGUCAA